AUGUCGCCAGAUGAACUGACCGCUAUCACUGUCUAUCAAGUCGGAGCAUUGAAGGGGUUUCUUGAUCGAGAAGGCGUUCCGCUGCAUCAUGUCAAGCCGCAUGGUGUUCUGUACGGUAUGAUGUGCAGGGACUAUGACAUUGCAAAAGCUGUCAUGGAAGGGAUACCUAAAGGCAUUCCUGUCUUUGGACUGGCCGGAACCAACAUGGAAAAAGCCGCGAAUGAUCUGGGGAUACCCUUUUGGGCCGAAAUGUACGGCGAUGUGAAAUAUAGCAGCGAUGGGAUGCUGGUUAUUGACAGAAAAAAGAAGCCCUGGGACUUAGAGGAUGUGAGGAAGCAUGUCAGCCAGCAGCUGAACUCGCAGUCUGUGACGGCGACGGACGGGAGUGUGGUACAAUUGCCUGUCAAGGAGUACCCAAUAUCCAUUUGCUGCCAUUCAGACUCACCUGGGUGUCUUGGGAUUAUUAAGACCACAAAGGAGGUCAUUGAUGAGUUCAACAGGAAACAUGGAAGAUAG